AUGGCGGCCCCUGUCCAGCAGCCUCCUCGGUCUAGCGGUGGAAAGCGCAAAGGGAAAGCUCAGUAUGUGCAGGCCAAGCGGGCGCGGCGCUGCGAAGGCGGUGGGCCACCGCAGCUGGAACCCGGGCUACAGGGCAUUCUCAUUACCUGUAACAUGAACCAGCACAAGUGCGUGGAGGAGGCCUACAGUCUGCUCAACGAAUAUGGCUACGACGUGUACGGGCCGGAAAAGUACAAAGAUCAGCAGCCCUCUGGAAGUGAGGCAGAAGAUGAUGAUGUGGAGGCUGCCUUGAAGAAAGAAGUUGGUGACAUUAAAGCAUCUACGGAGAUGAAGCUAAGAAGAUUCCAAUCAGUGGAGAGUGGAGCAAAUGACGUAGUCUUGAUCAGGACACUUGGGAUAGAACCUGAGAAAUUGGUACAUCAUAUUCUUCAGGAUAUGUAUAAAACCAAGAAGAAGAAGACUCGGGUUAUUCUACGAAUGUUACCUAUUUCGGGCACAUGCAAGGCUUUCUUAGAAGACAUGAAAAAAUAUGCAGAAACAUUUUUGGAACCCUGGUUUAAAGCUCCAAACAAAGGGACAUUUCAGAUUGUAUAUAAAUCUCGAAAUAACAUCAACAUGAAUAGAGAAGAAGUUCUCAAAGAAUUAGCAGGAAUAGUAGGCAGCCUGAAUUCGGAAAAUAAAGUGGAUCUUACCAAUCCACAGUACACAGUGGUAGUAGAAAUCAUUAAAGCUGUCUGUUGUGAGGAAUCUGGGGUUAAUCCUGUAGUUGAACUGCUAGCCACAUGUUAUGAAGAACCCUGGAGCUAUGCUAGCCAAUAUCUACCUGCUAGAAUAGGAUUGCCAAGUGCUCCUCAAGGAAGUGACAAGACAGCUUUCAAACUCAUGGCCCCCUGUGCCGUGGAUUUCUAUUUUACGCCCAUCCCCAUUCCUGGUAAAGAUGCAAAAGCCAUGGAUAAUACAGUCACCAUAAUGUGUGCUAUGCUCCUGGCUAAGGAAGCUGCAUGGACAAAGAAUUUCCAGAAAGGACACUUUCCCCAGUUCCCCAGUUCCCCAGUUCCACAGGGAGACUCUCUGGAGGAAUUUUAA